GCCGCACCCCGGGACGCUCUCGGGGAGCAGGCGGCGGUGGGCCACCGAGCGCCAUGGCGGCGGUGUCACCGGUGUGCGGCUCACAGGCGUCACCGAUCGGCGCCUCGUCCCCACCGGCGCCCGCACCGGCUCCGGCCACCGGCCUGGGCCGCUGCCGCAUGGCGCUGCUGCUGGCGGUAGCCUUGGACGUGGCGGGUAUGGCGGCGCUUCUGACCGGCGUGUUCGCGCAGCUGCAGGUGCGUGGCCGCGACUUCGGGGACCUGCUCAUCUACUCUGGGGCGCUGCUGGUCUUCUUGAGCCUGCUGGGCUGGAUCCUCUGGUACACCGGCAACAUCGAGAUCUCGCGCCAGGAGCUCGAGCGCGACUACGGCCUGAGGCCCUCGGCGAUCGCCCGCCUUGCGCGCAAGCUGUCCCGCCGCUGGUCGGCGCCCGCCACCGCCGGUCCCCGGGCAUCACCGGGUCUCCGCGCAGCGCGCAGAGCCGCCCGCACGCCCCAGACGUCCGCCUCCGGCUCCCGCCGGGUGCGUCUGCAGCUCGCCACGCUCGAGGCGGGGCCUGGAGCGGCGGGCGCGGGUAGCGAGUGAGCCCCAGAGCCUCAUCCCCCAGGACCUACAGAUGCGCAGCUGCCCUGGACAUCACGCAGCCACCAGGAUACCCGCCUGUUCCCUCACUUGGAUAAAUGUCUCGGUUUUGGAGCACUGUUUGCCUAUCUGGUUAAGGGCCUGAACUGGUGAAGGAGAGUGGCCAGGCCAAGCCACCUUUUAUCUAGGAUGCCCUAGACUUUCACUGGCCCUCCAUUAGGGGCACUGGGGAGGUGAGAGGAUCUCGAGGAUACCCAUGCAUCCAGCCCAGACAUCCAUUAGGGUAGUUUGGGUCUUCCAAGAACAGAAACAGGGGCAUACUUGCAAGCUAUUUACUGCGGGAGGGUGGUCCUUAUUGAGGGUGGCAUUGAUUCAGGAUGCCUCCAAGACUAGGAGAGAGAGCUAAUUGGCAGGCUGAGUCUGAAUGCAGACAACACACUUCCAAGAAAAGACUUGGCCAGUGGGGACUCCAGGACAACCGAAGUCCUUGCUGGAUGGUGCCCAUACUCUUCUUCUUCUUCUUUUUUUAAAUGUGCAUUGGUGUUUUGCCAUGGGUGUUGAGUCUCCUGGAACUGGACGUACAGACAGUUGUGAGCUGUUAUGUGGGUUGCUGGGGAUUGAACUCAGGCCCCCUGGAAGUACCGUCAGAGCUCUUAACCAUUGAGCCUGUCUCCAGUCCCAAGCCCAUACUGUUCUGUAUCCACUCAGGCAUUGGUGCUACGGGGCAGGAGAAGUGUGAGAGCAGGGGCUUGUCAGCAGUGCUCCCUGAAACAGGACAACCUAGGACACUUC